AGGUAACAAGUCGGUGACUGAGCGAAUCGACAAUGGCAUGAGAAUCGUCAUGCCUCAAAUACGCGAUGUGCACUUCAACAAUGUGAUGAAUUUCUCAAGCCGCGGCCACUGCCCCAAGACAUGUUGUAUAAGCAGUAGUCCUUGAUGCGCCGAGUGUGUAAGGGUUUCAGUCUGAACAACAACCUCGCCCACCUGAUCCAGCAAGUGGGAGAUUAGAUGUCGACCCCCAAGUCCUCCCUCAUUGGCCUGCAAGCCAGCCCGCGCGCGGACUCACGAGUCAAGGAUAUCGCACUACUACUCAUCGCGGUACUGCACCUCCAAUUUUCUCAAGUUAUAUGGUACUUGUCGACCUCAGAGCAGAAAAAACAUAUCCCUUCGAUGGUCGAAGUGCUCAAAAGUCUGGUCUACCAAAUAGUUCGCAUGGACACCGGAAUUUUAGCAGAACGCCUGUAUACAAUCACAGCCGAAAAGCUGAAUCCGCAACUCUCGAAAGAUGAGUGGCUCUGCUUACUCUACCUGGUGCUGGAACACCAAAUCUUUCAUUAUCGUGGAAGCAGAGGAUGUCUUCAGGUGCUCCAAGCAAAGACACGGUUCUACGGAUCUAUUUCUGAAAGUGUUCCAAAGGAUCGUAGAUCCGUCUUCUGAUUGCAGAAUCUCCAUCAAACUUCUUGUCGUGAGCUGUGGCGUGGUCGAAAAGGGCCAUCUCUUAGGAAACAAUAACACGGUCGUGUCGGUUCAGAGGCCGAUG